UCAAGGUAAUGUUUGUUUACAUAGUCAACAACAAAAACAACCGGAUUAAAUCAUUUACAAGUAAGGACAUUGAUAUGAAAACCAAACAAAUAGCCAAUUGAUACAGUAGAAGGAUUUUUUUUCUACAUUUUCUACUUCAGCGCACCUAGACCUAGCUACACCCUCAGUGGAUGGGUCACAGGUGAAUAAACGUGUUGAUAAGGCUGAUUUAGAUAUUUUGAGUGGUGCAUGGAUCCUGAUGGGAGUGGUUUGAUGUAAUGGGAUCAGGAGCUUCCAAGGGUAACCAGCCUACCAAAAUCCAACCUGUGGAACACCCCAUUUUAAAUCAUAAAGCACCAGAAGUGCAAAUUUCAAUUAAAACCACAGAGCCUUUAAUAAAGAAUGAUUUAACGGAAAAUAAAGUAAACAGCUCGGUGGACAAGGCAGAAAAAACAUUGGAAGUGAAUAACAAGACAGAUGUGAAUUCAACACGAGAUUUAGAUAAGAAAGUUGAAGAAAGCAUAUUAACCACAUCAAAUAUGUCUGCAGAUAGUAAAGCUGUGGAUAACUCACCUGGUCAUGAUAAAGAUCAGGCACCAUCAAAGAAGGCCGAGAAACCAACUGAGAUGUCAUCUAAAAAGUCUACUGCAGAUCAGAAUGAAGAACAAGAGAAUAAGAGUGAUGCUGAGGAGACAGAGGAAGUGUCAGAGACAAAAAAGGUCCCAUUGACAGCAGAGCAAAUUGAAGAAAAGAAAACCCAAACAUUUAAAGCUCUGAAGAAAGAUCUUGACAUUCUUUCAGACAUCGAUGGGCACUUAAAUGAAAAAGGAACUUUUGACAAAGAUUUCAAGAACGCUACAUUUAAUCUUCAAAGUCGUCAUUUUGCUUUAAAGAAAGCAAGCUUGGAUAUUGAUAACCAAUUCAAAGUAGAGCUUGGAGAUGUGUUUGUUGAGCUUGGAGGAGUGAAGAUCGUCUGUGAUGUGGUGGUGUACUGUCAAAAGAAAGGAUAUUAUAAUGAAGAGAACAAAUUAAUUCAGGGAGUGUCAAUGCCACUGAUCAAUUGUUUGAUAAUACUGUUGAACUUUACUGAUGCUAAUGCCAGGCACUGUCACUUAUUGGUGGAACAUGCAGAAUUCCUGCCCCAGAUCCUGGAGGCUUUACAGAGGCUGUUAUUAAGUCAUCUCGAGGACAGCAUGCGGGUAAAAGAUGAAAAAGCGUUGGGAUACUACCACUCAAUAAUUCACAAUAUUGCUCAGAGUGAACUCUGCAUCCAUGAGCUGAGGGAGAUGGGCAUUGUUGAGGUACUUUUACCCUAUCUCAAAUCAAGCAAAGACAAGAUCCUACUAACGACCCUGGCCAGUCUAGCAGACAUUGUGGAUGACUCGGAAGCCGCGCAUCUAGAGACCGGAGGAGACUUAUUCAAGUUUCUCCUGAAAACUUUGAAAUCCGCAAUGAAUGACCGCCAUCGAAGAUGCAAAGGCUGGUCUGCAAGGGAAUUAGCUAGAACCGUAAGAAGAAUUGCGAAGAACGAUGUUAAUAAGAAGUCUCUGGUAGCACAAGGUUCUUUGCCAGUUCUUGUGUCUUUAACAGAAUCUAGGUAUGAAGAUGAACAGAUAGAGGCUUUUGGAGCACUGUGGAUGUUGUCAUUUGACAAAGAGAACCAGGAUAUAAUGCUUCAAAAUGAAGCGGUCAUGGAAGCUCUUGUAAACUCGAGAAAAUCUCAGAACAAAAAAAUUGAGAAAUCAUGUUCAGGAGCCCUUUGGAAUAUGAGGGAAAAGCUCAGUGCCAUAGAAAAGUAUAAGGACUUGGGUAAAGAAUUCAAUAGAAGUGAAACGGAUGUGACACAAUCUAAUUCUGCUGGAAGCAGUAGAGGUCACGUGAUGCUCAGCUACCAAUGGGCCAAUCAAAAUACAAUCAAGAAGAUUCGGGACAAUCUUCAAGCCAACGGGAUCAAGUGCUGGAUGGAUAUAGAUGACAUGCAGGGCUCCACACUGAACGCCAUGGCACGGGCAGUGGAGGGGGCUGAAAUUGUUCUGAUCUGUUACUCCAAGAAGUAUCAGGACAGCCCUAACUGUAGAGCUGAGGCAGAAUAUGCCUUUCAGCUGAGAAAACCAAUAAUUCCUCUGAAGAUGGAGAGGAACUAUCAGGCCAGAGAGUGGCUCGGAUUCAUCAUUGGCUCCAAGCUGUUUUUCGAGUUUACAGAUAAAUAUCCAUUUGACAGCAAAAUGAGUGCCUUGAUUAAAGAAGUGCUCAGUCGACAGAAGAAGUCCAUCCCAGAAAACCCAGUCAUUUCCAGUACACUUCCUGCCCCUACACAGAAAGUAGAGACAUCAAGUUCAAAACCCAAUACCAAAAUUCAGGCAUCAGAAGUGGUGAAAAACUGGAAAGAAACUGAUGUUCUGAGAUGGAUGAAUCAUCACAAAUUGGCGAGUUCCAAGUUUUCUUCACUGACAGGAAUUGAGAUUGCAUUUCUACAGGUUCUGAGACAAGAGUCUCCAGAUUUUUUCUACAAAACAUUGAAUGAUAUGUUGAAGAUAAAAGAUCUUCCAACUCUGGCCAAGUUUACAUUUGCUUUAGAGGAUACCCUGGUGUAAAUACUGAAAUUCAACAUAAUGGCAAAUACAAUGAGGAUGAGAAUCAAAUGACUUUUGUCAAUCUCAAACUAUUGGGAUCUUUUAAAUGUUUUAUAAUGACAGGGCACUGAUCGUGUAAUUUUUGAUCUUCUUGAAAAGAAAAACCAAGUAAAGUGGUCGAGUAUAAAAUAUUUUCUUGCUGCGGCACCCUAAUCCUUCUUUACUGCUAAUGAAUAUUUUAUUUUUAAAAUCAGAUCAUGUCAGAUGGACAUCUUUUCUCCAGAGAGGAGUUCAUCAUAUCUUGUGAAAAAUUCUUGGUAUUGAACGGCUCCUUUGCUAAAAAUUAACCCUCCAUUAAUUCCUAUCGAGGAAUGUAUUGCUAAUGAACUUGCAUGAUAGAAGCUAGAAUAAUUUAAUGUUUUUUGACAAUUGAAUAUCUUUUAUUAUUUUGUAUUCGUACAAGAAAUUAUUUUUAUUUUCGUUGAAUAUUUGUAACUUUGAAACAAGACCAAUUUUUCUGAUGUAAAUAGGAGAAAGUUUAUAACUUUCUAAGAUGAUUGGUUUGUGUGAAUUUUUAGAUACUGUAAUAGCCAAAACAUUGGACCAUGCAGCUUUAAAAUACACAGACCUUUUAUUGGUUUGAUUCAUUAGAACAGUUUUGUAUGGUGCCAAACUUUUAUAUAUCUUUGCUGUUUAUAACUAAUCCAAAAUUAAUAAUUCAUUAAUUGUUCAUUAAAUAAUAAAUUAAUACAAGGUUAACUUUUUAGGGGUAAUUUUUACAUCACCACUGACCAGAAACUACAAACGUCCUAAUAUAUGGGGUUAACUUUUAUCUAUCAAAAGUGUCAAAUUUGACAUAUGUGAAAGCAACUCCCAUUUAAUACCAAAGAGAAAUAUCUUAUCUUCAUAAUCUACUGUAGUCUUUUUUUGUUAUCAUAUGUAAAUCUUUCUUAUAAUAUAUGAAGCUGUGUCCAGGGUAUACAUUUAUUUAUAUUUAUACUUUUUAUACUUUUUCUUUUGGUAUAUAUUUUAUAUAUUAUUUAUAAUUUAUAAUAUAGAUAGAUAGAAUAUAUUUGACGUCAUCUAUAUAACUGCCGUUAGGUUAGCAGACAAAUUGAAAAACGCUACACAUUAAAAUCAUUUGUCUGCUUUCCUGAGGAAGUAAAAAGUUAUUUAUCAAUACCAAUAUUUAUAUUCGUUGAUGGCCAUAGAUUAUUUUGAAAUAUCAUUAAUUUAUUAAUCAAGGUGUGAUGUCCCUCAGAUAAGAGAGAUAACUUCUGUAGAAAAUAUUUAUACUUUUUUUUCUGAUAACUCACAAUUAUGAAGGCAUGCAGCAACAAGAGAGGCGGUACUUGGCCCAAUUAUUUUGCUGAAAAAAGGCGACAUUUAUUCAAAUUAAAAUAUUAUAAAGAUGAAAUCUCAACGGAACGAAUUUAACUCCAACUUUUUUCCCGGGGGGGGGGGGG